AUGGGUGAAGUGCCCAUCACCAUCAGCAUCGAACCUGCGGUUGUCCGUGUUGGAGAGCGAGUGACUCUGUCCUGCCAGCUGACAGACAGUAUCCCUUCUAACACGAGAGUGCUCUGGUACAAAAUGGAAAAGGGGAGGGAUUCUCCACUAUGCUCUUCCUCCAGCCUGGGUGGGGUGGUGGAGCAGUGCCAGGAUGAAGAACAGGGGAGGAUUGUGGGACUCUGGCAGAGAAGAACACUCCUUCUGGUUAUCUGGCAAGUGCAAAUAACUGACGAGGGGACCUAUGUUUGUGCAGUGAAUGGCAGUGUUGUCAGGCAGGAGGCUACUACUCACCUUGAUGUCACAGCAAUUGGGUAUAAGCCAACUUUGAACAGGGAUCUGCAAGAGGAGAGUAUGUGUCGCUACACGUGUAAGUCAAAACAAUGGUACCCAAAGCCUGAAGUCAUUUGGAUGAACUAUGGAGGAGACACAAUAAAUGUGGAGGCCAAGACCAACGUAACCUGGAGUGAGAGAGACCAUUUCACGGUGCAAAGCAUCAUCACAGUGCCUUGUGAUAAUGUAGAUGUGGUGUGUGUAGUCAAACUCAACAAAUCCAAGAUAAGCCUAUCAGGUUCCAUGAAUGAAAUUACUGUGCCACAGUCAGGCACUUGUACAUACAAGGGCAAAAUAAGAGGCUCCUAUGUAAAGCCCAAAGUGAUGUGGGUUAAUCCCCAAGGAGAAGAUCUAUCUUCACUGGCCCAGACAAGCAUUCUGCAGGAGAAGGACAAUAUUUUUUAUAUAGAAAGCUCCAUUGAGAUACUCUGUGGACAACCGCCACCUUCUUUUGUGACCACUGAUGGGGAACGCAGUCCACGGAUUGCUCAACAGUCAGAGGAGCUCCAGUCGCAAAACAAGGCAGCACGCGAUGCAGAGAAGGAGGAACUGCGUGCAAGGAACGAUGACAUCAAGGUUGAUGAGAACACAGCCCAUCCAAACUUGUCUAUUGCUGUGGACAAGAAGAGUUUUACGCAUAAAUCAGAGGCCCAGAAAGUGACUCAAAAUGAAGAGAGUUUUGAUUCAUUUGUCUGUGUGCUGGGCUUAGAAAGUUUCUCCUCUGGGAAGCAUUACUGGGAGGUUGACGUUGAAAAAAGCAAUGACUGGGACCUGGGAGUAGCCAGAAAAUCUGCUCCAAGGAAAGGAAUAAUGUCUCUGUCACCUGAAGAAGGAUUCUGGGCUCUGGGCUUCAGUUUUAAAUGUUACUGGGCAAGAACGGAGCCAUGGACACGGCUAGCGGUGCAGAGAAAUCCCAGGAGAGUCGGAGUUUACCUUAAUUGUGAAGAGAAAAUUUUGACUUUUUUCAAUGUUACUGACAUGUCUGUGAUGUUCACAUUUAAAGACUGUGCAUUCUCGGAAGAAGUUUACCCGUUCUUUAAAAACUCACACAAAGAAUCAACCAUGAGAAUUUGUUCAGUUCAAGAGGAAUAA